UGCGCACUCCCCACAAGACAGCUCACGUUGAUGGGGAAUGCAGCGAGCGAGAUCGGAUUCAGCGGGCCUGCGUCGAUCUUCGACGCUGCUCAGACGUCUGCCUUGGACAAGAUCGUUAGUGAUCAGCCGUACAUGAUGAGCGACAACGUGUGGGCCACGUUCUUCACGCUGCAUCAGCCGCUGCUGGACCUGCCACCGUCUGCAUUGCAGUCCUUCUUCCUACCUUACGCACACAACUUUGCUCGCAACACACUCCGAAGUGGUAACUUUCGCAUGCUCAUUCGCCAUGUUACGCGAAGUCUGCGGUACAUGUCCCCGUCUCGGCAUCUCUCGGACACGAUCGCGACGACCACAACCGUGCUGGCGACGGAAUCGUAUAUCGUGAUCAACGUCCUGUUUGUCGUACGGCACUUGCUCAAGCACUUCAUCGAGUUCAACUGCGACGUCGUCCAGCUCUUUGCGUCGGAAGGCGCGUCGUCCGCGACCACCGCGCUCGCCCCAUCCGACAACGACAUCGCGGUGGAAUUUCUUGAUGCGCUCGUUCACGUGCUCGUAGAUACAUCCAGCGAGGACACCCACGACCUCCAUCUAGAAGGCAUCAACUUUCUUCUGGUGCUAGCAUCCUCCACAGCAUACCCCACAAAACCAAUGUCGCCCAGGACCACGUUGCUGGAUGUGUUUAUGCACCACGCACAACGCAAAGGGCGGGGACGGUCGGUGCAGUGGGCCUCUGGCCUCGUCAAACGAUUGUUGCUCUCGUACGUGGAUCAGUUACCCGCUCCUCGCAUGGACUCGUCUGCCGCAGUCGCCGCCGUGUCCGCUCUGCCUCCAUCGGCCGCCGGGUGGAAUGUCGCCGACUUUUUCAGCGACACGCCCGUCUUUCCACUGGCAGAUCGCAGCGUGCUGUUGCUUUUGCUGCUCGUUCUUGGCGACUCCCGACGGUAUCGUUUUCGUAGCAAGCGGCGCCAGACCGUCCAUUCGCACCACCUGACUCGACCAAGUAGGCACAGCCAGCCCAAUCCAUUUCGAGAGGCGCUGGCCACGUUGGCCGAUCGCGACGAAUCCACCGCGCCCCACGGUAUUCCGUUCUCGCACGUCGCGGAAGUUGGUGGGAGGUGCGUUGGGUGCAUCGCAUCGGUGGUGCCGCUGACGCGCGAUCAAUGCAGGAAGAUGCGCACGGAAUUCCACGCCAUGUUGGUGUACCACAUCUUGCUUUGGAACCCGCCGUUCCGUGAUGCGCUGUGCCGGCCGGUGGACGUCGACCAUUUCGUGAGCGCCACUCGUUCGCUCUCUCGCGACGCAACUAACGCAGGGGUGCAGGUCAUGCCGCUGCUCGAAGCCAUCUACAUCUACACACUGGACCCGCCUCGGUUAUACGUGUACUUGGCCAUGCUCGUGCACUUGUCGGAGAACCCCCUUGUCGUGCAAACGCUCCAUCACACGCAGGCACGUUGUUGUCGUCAUCCUGUGCCUUCACCAACGGCGCUCUGCACCUAGGUGCAAGACCACGUCGCCUGGUUCACAGAGAGGUAUUUGUGCGACGUGUCUGGCGGAAGCGUCGUCGUUCUCGUGCUCUGCCGCGUCCUGAAAGCCAACUUGAGCGUUCUCCAUGACCCGGUCGUGCAAUCGAUGGCGCUCGGUCUCUUAUGGAACGUCAUGCAGUUCGCCAAGGCGCUGCACGCUUCGGCAACGCAAAGCUUGUUGAAGUUACUGGCGCACGCGACGAAGAAAGAGCGCCAGCUGCGCGCCAUCGAUACCGACGCCGCGUCGGCGUACUUGGCGACUGCGCGGGAUGUCGUGGUCUGCAUCGAGCUCUGCUGCCGCCCCCGCCUGCUGCCGUCGAACGCGCAGCUGAUAUAUUCGCUCUUGCACGCCAGCGACGUACUGGAUGCACUGGCCGUGCAUCCAAACGAAGCAUUUCGCGAUGACAUUGCACCUGUCCUGGGCACACUGGCGUACUUCAAAGCGAUUGUGGACCAGGCAGAGGACCAAGAAGACGAAGCGGUGGCGGACGGACGGGCAGUUCUCCAACAGCACUUGACCAUGGAGCAAGUGCUUGAGCACAUUCAAGGAGGGUGCAAGACGCUAGCCCAGGCGGUGAGGAAGCCAGAACUGGCGACGGAAUCCAGCCUGACGUGUUGUUGUUCGCAGACGGCGUCGCAGCAACCAGACGUGUACUAUCGAUACGAAGACGAGCGGUUUACGAUGGACGCCCGACAAAGCGACGGGUCAGAUUUCUUUCUCCAGCGAUUGUGGCGGGAAACCGUGCGCCACACGGCCGAUUUUGCAUGGAGCGUAGACAAGAUGGCGUCCACGGCCGAAUCAUAAGCCAUGCUCCCACGAGAGGCACAAGACGUGAUGCAGAGCAUGCACAUGGAACCCCCGUGAUAUCGUUG